GUACAGCCAGCCGGAUCUGUUAGAUGGAUGAGUUGAGAGUUAUCGUUGUGUAGGAAAUAUUUCGAUUGCUAGGGUGAGUCGCCUUCUACGCCAGUGUGUGUAAAGGUUGACAAAAGGACAAGUGUUUGUGAAAUUCUUGUAUUGUCCUAUUGUUACAUUACAUUUCAUUUUCAAAUCUUUUUCACCAAAUUUGUGUCUUCAUAUAUUAUUGAAGUAACCUAACCAAAAAGUGACGCCAGCUUUCCGUUCGUUGGCAAGAAGCAAUUUUUCGGCAGGAAGAAUAUAUAACAUUUUUAAAUUCAACAAUGAAAACCGUGCAAGCAGUUAUUUUCUUCAUUGGUGCCAUCUGUACCCUCUCCGUGGAUUCCGUGUCUACAAAAUUACAAUGUAAGCUUCCUGCAGUAGAUAUUCCAAAGGACUGGAUCACUAUGGUGGAGCCCUGUACUGCAAAAAUGAGGGAACAAGUGCAAGAGGAGCUGCAAGCCGCCCUUACUUAUAUGGCAAUGGGUGCUCACUUUUCACGUGAUACAGUAAACCGACCUGGUUUUGCCAAGAUGUUCUUUGAGAGUGCAAGUGAAGAACGUCAACAUGCCAUAAAAAUCAUUUCAUACUUGCUGAUGCGUGGUGAACUUACAUCCGAAGUCAGGAAACUCAUUCAGAACCCGAUGCCUCUCAAUGAGAGUUGGGAAUCUGGUCUCGAUGCCCUUAAGGACGCAUUGAAACUGGAGGCACAUGUUACUCGCAAGAUACGUGACAUCAUCAUUGCUUGUGAGAAUCCAUCAGAUGAUGGAAAGGGAUUCAAUGAUUAUCAUCUGGUUGAUUACCUCAGUGGAGAAUUCCUAGAUGAACAGUACAAGGGUCAGAAAGACCUUGCCAACAAGAUCUCCAACCUGGGCAAGAUGCUGGAGAACUACGGCAUACUUGGAGAAUUCCUCUUCGACAAGAAGCUCCUCAGUGGGGAACUGUUUUAAACAAGACAAUGGAUUUCAUCAUAGGCUGGGUAGCCAGUAGUUUGAAGUAGAGUUAGUAACUGUGAUUACUUCCAGUUCAUUCUUAUAUGCAAUUUUUGCAGAGAAAUUUAAUAUAGGUUGAUUUCAUAACUGAUCUUGAACCAGAGAAAGUUUUAGGUGUAUUUUGAGUCACUAUUAAAAAAUAUCAUACAAUAUUUUACUGUAACUGUGUGCGAGUUUCUGGUUAAUUGCCAUUUGAUGGUACGUGCUAGUAAUGCAGAAACAGCGUCACUGCCUGAAAGGCAAGUAUUUACAGUUAAAACAGUGAAAUAUUUGUGUAUGUGAUUCAUUAUUUUUAAUGUUAUGGCAUUUUGAUGUAUCAGUGUUCACUAAUUGUAUUUAUGGAAUAAAGAACGGUAUGACAUACUUAGGCCAAUAGAAUAUCCAUUCCAUCACACAGAACACCUUUGAUUUGUCAGUUGUUAAUAUGUAUUUGGAACUUUAAUGUAUCUGUUAAUGAAAAAUAAAAAAAAAGAGAAUAUAGAAUUUAAA